AUGGCGAUGAUUGUGUUGUCUUGGCAUGCCUCUGCUGGGCAGAAGAUGGUGAAGACUGGCAACUAUGUUGUGGGUGGCUAUCCGAUAACAACAGAGCAGGUGCCCUUCCAGGUGUCCGUGCGCUGGCGUUGGCUUCAUGAGUUCCAUUUCGGAAGGGGUCAUGUCUGUGGUGGUUCGCUGCUGUCGCAGCGUGUGGUUUGCUCAGCGGCCCACUGCUAUGCCAUCAACCAGUCCAAUCCGUUGCGCUACAGAUCCAGUGAGUUGUACGUUGUGGUUGCGGGAAGCACUUUCAUUGAGAUUUCUGACAGCACGACCCAGGAGUUUCUAGUGCAGGAAUUAAGCGGACAUUGGGGCUAUAAUCAUAGCACAUUGGUCAAUGAUAUUGCGCUGCUAUUUCUCAAUGGCUUCAUCAAUUGGAGGUUCACAAUUAUACGUCCGAUACGACUGCCGAAAACACCGCCGCAGCCCGGCACUUUUUGUGCCAUCGGUGGUUGGGGAAAGGUCGGCAAGCUGACUAUGAUGCACCAGGGCAUCGUACCAAUUUGGCAUAAUAGACAUUGCUCUGUUAUUUAUAAGAACCUGCCUGCGUCGCAGAUGUGUGCUGGCUAUCUAACUGGGGGCACAGACGCCUGUCAGGGUGAUUCGGGGUCACCACUUCAUUGUGCUGGCGAGCUGGCUGGCAUUGUUUCCUGGGGAAUUGGUUGCGGCAAUCCCGGCUUUCCCGGCGUCUAUACUAAUGUGUCGAGCUACAUAGAGUGGAUUCGGUCUCAUAAUUCGACAUUUAAUUAUUCGUAUUAUGCGAGGAUGCGUCACCUCCAAAACAUUGCCAAUAACUGGAACUACAAUUUGUUCUUGUUGAUGGCGGGUGUCAUUAUUGCAAGCAAGUCGUAGCGCCAACAUCAGAAGCUGUGCAAAAAACUGAAGCCAUACUACGAGGCAAAGUAGCAGUAACAAUGAUUCUGGAAACCAUCUUUUUAUUUUAAAGAGCAUAGCUUGGGUGUGGGAAUAAAAGCAAUUGCGCUCUCAAAUUUUAUGUAAACAACUCUCAAGCGCACCCAUUUUUUUUUUUUGCAGUGAGCGAAUUGUGAAUUGUAAAUUUUGAAAAAAGACACAUUGUGGCGAAACCCGUUGAUUGGCGGUAUUUUGAUUGCAAGACUGAGGGAAAUUCCGCAUCGCGCACUUAUGAGCGCUUUAUCAUGUUAAAAAUUCAUAGAAAUCUAACGAUUUAUCAGU